AGCAACAUGUAGGCAGGCUGAGUAAAGAGAGGUCGAGACUGUGUGUACGUACAAUUUCUUUUUCUUUUUUUUCGUUUUACCUCAGAGAAACAUACCGGGUUGGAACGUCGUGAAAAUGGGCAGCUCUGGAAUGGAUAUACAAGUGACGAAGUGCCGCAGGGAGAACAGAGUGUCUGGAUCCUGAAAAAAAAAAAAAAAACAGUCUCGUUCCAGCAUAAAGCGCUACCCACCCAAGUGACUCUCUGCCCGUGUUAUGGCGGCGAGGCCCGCCCUUUCGUUUCUAUUGGCUGUGCUGGCGUGCACUGGGCCGGCCCAGCCCUCCCCCCCAUUGCUGCUCCGCCCCCGGGAGAGAGAGAGGGACUCAGGAGGGGCUUCGGGCGGAGUCAACAUCGCUGUGGUUCACUCUGGCUCCUCCCACCUCCCGGAAACGAGCGCUGGGGUGGGGGGCGUGGGCGGGGCCUCUUCAGCGGGCUCCGGCUCUGGUGCCGGGCCAAGCAGCAGCAGCAACUCGGGGACGGGUUUUCUAAGUCGGGCCUGGUCAGGACAGGUGGGUGAAAGUGUGAUGACACCGUGGGGUCCUGCGAACGUGAUCUGGCUGGCCGUGAACGAGAGCAGUCCUGGGAGCCUCUUGCUACAGUUAUGCGAGUUGCUGGCUACCACUCCACUACAAGGCCUUGUGUUUGAGGAAGAGAAGCCACCACCGCCCAACCGGGCACCGUUAGCACCUAUGCUGGAAUUUGUUUCGGCCCAGACUGGAGUGCCUAUCAUUGCUGUGGGAGGAGGGGCUGGUUUGGGGAGGGAGCCACAGGAGAGCGGCUCCGUCUACUUGCAGUUCUUGUGCUCCACUAGCCUGCAGCUGGAUGUCAUUUUUGAAGUCCUGGAGGAGUUUGAUUGGACGGCGUUCUCUGUGGUUACCACACGUCACCACGGCUAUGAGGAUUUCCUGGCCAUGGUGGAAGGCAUGAUAGAUGGCUCCUUCAUCGGUUGGGAGAGAAAGAGUGUGGUGAUGCUCAACCUGACCGAUGACCCGGGAGGGGCUCGAACCCGCAGGCUACUGAAGGAGAACGAAGCACAGGUACGACUCCUGUAUUGCUCACAGGAGGAGGCAGGACACAUUUUUAAGGCUGCAUGGGCAUCAGGACAGGCUACUCCCUCACAUAUGUGGUUUGCGGUGGGCCCUGGUCUGGCAGGACUUGGCCUUGAGGGUCUACCCAAGGCUGUGUUUGCUGUGAGGCCACAGGGAUGGAGGGACGAGCCACGACGGAGAAUUGCAAAGGGUGUGUCGGUACUGACGCACGGUGCUAUGGCUUUGCGUAGGGAGUACGCUGGGACUCGAGGGACGAGCUUUGCUGGGAACUGCAUGAUGGAUGGAAAUCAAACCCAGAGGAUCCCAGAUAGGAUCAGGUUCUUCAGUAACAUAACUCUAUCUGGACGGGACUAUUCCUUUAAUAAUGAUGGUUAUCUGGCAAAUCCGCUUCUGGAUGUUAUCUCCUACACUGCAGGAAGAAGCUGGGAGGAGGUGGGUUGGUGGGAGAAUGGAGUGCUGCGUCUGCGUUACCCGCCCUGGUCCCGGUACGGCCCCUUCCUCAAACCUCUGGAUGAUUCCCAGCACUUGCGCGUUGUUACAUUGGAGGAGAGGCCCUUCGUCAUCGUAGAGCCUGCUGAUCCUGGAACAGGCUCCUGCAUCAGAGACUCGGUUCCGUGCCGUCUGCCACUCAACAACAGCAUGGUUGUCGAGGGCAUUCAAUCCAUGAAGCACUGCUGCAAAGGCUUCUGUAUUGAUGUUCUCAAGCGCCUGGCUAAAAUAGUGGGCUUCACCUAUGACCUCUAUCUGGUGACCAAUGGCAGGCAUGGAAAGAACAUUGAUGGAGAGUGGAAUGGAAUGGUCGGGGAGGUGGUGUCCAAGCGGGCUGACAUGGCGAUCGGCUCCCUGACUAUUAAUGAAGAGAGGUCAGAGGUUGUGGAGUUCUCUGUUCCGUUUGUGGAGACUGGCAUCAGUGUCAUGGUCUCUCGUAGCAAUGGCACUGUGUCACCAUCUGCUUUCCUCGAGCCGUACAGCCCAGCUGUGUGGGUUAUGAUGUUCGUCAUGUGCCUGUCUGUGGUGGCUGUGACCGUUUUUAUAUUCGAGUUCCUCAGCCCUGUUGGAUAUAACCGAAGCUUACAGAGCGGGAAGAAGUUAGGAGGUUCAAAGUUCACCAUAGGGAAGUCUAUUUGGCUGCUAUGGGCUCUGGUGUUUAAUAACUCUGUUCCGGUGGAAAACCCGAGAGGCACCACCAGUAAGAUAAUGGUGCUGGUCUGGGCUUUCUUUGCUGUCAUCUUCCUUGCCAGCUACACUGCUAACCUGGCUGCUUUCAUGAUCCAAGAAGAAUACAUCGACACUGUGUCGGGCCUCAGUGAUAAGAAGUUUCAACAUCCCACAGAUCAGUAUCCUCCCUUACGAUUCGGCACUGUCCCAAACGGGAGUACGGAAGAGAAUAUACGGAGCAAUUACCCAAACAUGCAUCAGUACAUGGUGCGGAACAAUCAGAGAGGAGUGGAAGAAGCUAUCGACAACCUCAAAACCGGCAAACUGGAUGCAUUCAUAUAUGAUGCGGCUGUCCUGAAUUACAUGGCUCGUAAAGAUGAGGGCUGCAAAGUAAUGACCAUCGGCUCUGGUAAAGUGUUCGCUACAACAGGAUACGGCAUUGCCUUACACAAGAACUCCCGCUGGAAGCGACCGCUAGAUCUUGCCCUGCUGCAGCUAGUUGGAGAUGAUGAGAUUGACAUGCUUGAACGACUCUGGUUGUCUGGGAUCUGCCAUAAUGAUAAGAUUGAGGUGAUGAGUUCCAAACUAGACAUAGACAACAUGGCAGGGGUCUUCUAUAUGCUUCUGGUUGCCAUGGGCCUAAGUCUGCUGGUGUUCGCAUGGGAGCAUCUUGUCUAUUGGAAGCUUCGCCACUGUAUGGGCCGCUCAGGAGGACUUGACUUCCUACUGGCUUUCAGUCGGGGAAUGUACAGCUGCUGCAAUUUUGAGGAUGAAAGAGAUCAUGGAUGUUCCCAAAGCACACUUCCUCAAUAUCAUCAUGUUUCCACAGUUCCUCCUCCUCCCCCACCUCAUGUAAUCUCUACAGCCAUGGCCAAUCCCACUAUCGCUAAGGCUCAACAACAACAGCAACAACAAAAGCAACACCACCAGCAGCCACCACCAGUAUACAAUACUCUUCUUCCUGGCUCUCCUCCAUCAGGUGGACAUUCUGCAAUGGCUUUAGGGCCAUCGAACAGUCCCAUUCUUGGAGCACCUAUGCCUUGCUCUACUUUCCUACCACGCCAUGAUCGGCGAUUAGCUGUGGUAGAUCGGUGGACACGUCCAAAGGUGGGCCCUGAGAAGUCCAGUGGUGUGAGCAGUGGGAUUACAGACUUAACACAAUUCCAAGGCAUGCCCCCUCACUGGGGUGCAGGAAUAACUGGAGGGGACGGAGGUCUGGAUGAGUACAAGAGAUACUAUGGGCCAAUUGAUCCAGAGGGCUUAGGGGUAUCUGCAGAGCCUCAAAGCAUGGGCACUCAAACUCCAAAAACUAAGCAUCGUGGGACAAAAUCCUCUGGAAAUCCACGGUUACCUCCUAAAGGUCAAGCUUCUGGACACUUGCCAAUUAACCCUGCUUUGCCACAUCCCUCUCCACCCCAUCAAUCUAUCUGGAGGAGAAGCAGCUUCUCAAAAAGGAAGGGCUCAGGAGCGCCACUGUACGAAAACAUCCUUCCACUCGGAAGAAGAGGUGGCGGCAGAUACGGAAUGAGGGAUGGUGGUGGAAGAAGAGGACGUCGUCCUCCUCCCCUUCCCCUGCCUAUACCAGUGCCCCUCUCUUCCCCAACACAAACUCCACCCUCGCCUUCUCCAUCUAUAUGUUACACAUCCACUUCCUCUAGCAGCUCCAGCACCUCCAGUUCAUCCUCUUCUUCAGAGUCAGUCUCCCGAUCCAAUUCUCCCUCCUCUUCAUCAUCAUACACAUCAUCACAGAGCUUCAGAUACCGGGCAGAUGUUCAAGACGUGUAUGAGGAAUACGACACCGAUGAGCUUACAGAGGAAUCAAGCUUGCUUUUGGGGAGGAGAAAAAGUCGUUCUCGUAUGUCUUCUCGAUCCCUGCCCAGCAGUCCCCCGCCUCCACCUAUACCACCCCGUAAACCUUGUCCACAAAGGGCGCAGGUGAGAGAUAGAGCAGGCACUCAGCUUGCACAGCUUCAAGAGUGGUGGGCAUCUUGGGGGGAGAAAGAAAAAGGUAGAAGAGUAGCUGGGGAUAGAGAAGUUAAGGAGGAGAAACGGCAUCACAAAGAAAGGGAAAGGGAGCGAAAGAGGAGGAAGAAGGGUAGAAAGAAAAAGAAAAGAGAAGAGCGUGAAAGAGAAAGGGAGCGUAAAAGACGUAAAGUGAAAAAGAAAAAGAAAAAAGAGGAGAAAUCCAGAAGAAGAGAGAGGGAAAGGCGACCUGAACAAGAGGAAGUAGAUGUGGACAGGAAAGAUGUUUUUGAAAAAGGAAUAGGACAGGAAUGUUAUUCCUAUCCUGCACUGAGGCGGAGCUCUUUCCGAAAAAAGAGUGAAAGCUCUACCAAGAGUUAUGAGUGGGAUAUUAUCAGAGAUGGAGUAAAAAGAGAUAGGGAUGAUCAAGGAGGGGAUAAUGAAGACAGCAGUGGGAGAAAGGAAAGGCAUCACAGAAGCCCAAAAUCCCUUCACCACUCCAGGCCAAGGUCCAACAACAAGCAUUUUUCCACCUCAAACAAACCACCUUCAACCGUCAAAUUUUGGGGUAGUGGGAACCCAACUUCAGAAUCUCAAUCAACUUUUGUACCCCUACUUCCCAUCACCUCUAAAAGACGAAAGUCUGUAGGAGCUGAGAGAGAUGAGCAUGGAAGAGCUGUAGAGAGUCGGCCCCUUUUGGAAAAUCACUGUAGAGGUAAGCCUUGCUCAAGAGAAGGCCUGUCGUUUCAUGAAUGGGAAUCCGAUGAAGAGGAUGAAGAGUCUGAAGUGGAAAGAAGUAGGCCUGAAGAACAGGGGAGACGGCGAGAAAGCAGAGGAAUGAACUCAGAGUCCGAAAGGGACAGAGAAAAAACUGUCGACAUAUACACAGAUGAUGAAGGUUCCUCUGGAGAGUUUGGUAAGUUUGAGAGAUACUGGGAGGGUCACGAAGGAAGGGCAGUUGGAGGCAUUGGGGGAGGAGGAUGGUUCUUUGGCACCUACCCUGCCAGAGAAAGAGGAAGCAGUAUAAAUAGUAGAGAUGACUCAUUUUUGGGAUUGGGUGGCAGAGAAAGUAGCUUGAGGUUUGGUACAGGAACAGGAUGGGGAUCAGGAGGCUUAGGAUCAAACCAGUGGCCUCCAACUCCAUUGACUCCCCCACCACCUCGAAGAUACUGGUCUGUUGAUAAAUUACCAGUCAAGACUGAAAAGAAAUCUAAAAGCAGGUCUCAAGAGAAGAGUCGAGGCCACACAUCCUGUUCCUGCCAGUCGCCCCAUCACUCUGCCAGCACUCACUCCAAAUGGAAUCGUGUGACUUCUAGGAGUCAGGAGGAACUACUCCCCCACUGCCACAGUUUCAGCAGCAGUGUGAGGCCCAAACGGCAAUCAUCCAAACCGGAUCGGGCUCAGAGCCAGGCAAAAUCUGGAAGCCAAUCCAACAUCAAUGCACAAAGACCCCAGCGCUCAGACCGAUCCCGGCAACCGCCAUCCCCUCCUCAAAGUCUACCACCUUCUUUACCAUCUCCAUUGGUCCCUGCACUCCCGGCACCACCCUCUUCCUCUCACCAUAUACAUGUACCACCACCUACCUCCUCCUCCUCAGUUUCCUCCCCUUCAGUUGUCUCAUCUACACCUGGUGCCCCACAGCCCUCCUCUUUGUCCUCCUCUAGUGCUAAGCUCCAAUACCAGAAACUGCGGUCAGUUCCCCAACGGUAUCAAUCCCCACAUCUUCCCCUCAAAACCAAGAGCCUAUGCUCCCGUCGAGGCUCUGCCCAAUUCUCCAGUGUGGAGAGUGAGGUUUGAGGAACAUAAUUAAAUGAGGAACAUCAGCAAAUAGCCCCAGAGGUGAUCGUCACCUGCUCCUGCCACAAACUGUUAACUGUUCAUAGCAGUCGAGUUGGGUUGUUUUCGCUGGCACCCUCCUCUUGCACAAAGCUCUAAUGCUCCUUAGAGACAAACCUGGAUUGGGAUGUCACAUAAAUUGUAGCCCUUUCCCUUUCUUGUGUAAGAAUGGAAUAAUGCCAUGCUGACAAAUCUUGUGGAUGUUAGCGAGGCUGUUCAUGUGGAAUUGACUUUGCUUCUCUUAACUUCUUGGGGGCUUUAAGGUGGCGCGUUGAUCAUGUUGGUAAAUGUGAUUUUUGAGUUUUUUUGCUGCUCGAUGGCUCAGGAAUGAUUUUUUCAAAGAACAAAUGGAGAUUCACCAUAAUGCUAGGGGUGUAACGAUGCAUCGUUAUAUCGGGAAAAAAAAUGCAUCGAUAUGUACUUGUGUUCCAAACACAAAUGAAGAUAUUUUUUAAUGAAACCUGAUAGAUUUCUGUCCCUCCAUAUAAAGUCAAUUAAUCUUAAACUUAAAAGAUCCAAAAAAUGUCAUAAAGGCAUCGUAAAAUAGAGUGGACUCUAAUCCAAAUUCAAGUCUUCUGAAAAGACACAAUGGAUUUGACAGAUUUACAAUCACGCGCAUACUGUAGUAAACACGGACGUUAAAAUGCUUGCGCGGCGUUCAAGAGUGAGAGUAAAUGCAGAAUACAAUUUUUUGGAUUAACUAACCAUUUACAGUUUGGGAAUUGCAAUUAGAACUGUGAUUGAUUGCAUUGAUCAUCUGUGUGUGCAUGCACACUGUCAGAACCGGACUUUUCAAAGUGAAAGAGUAAACAUAAUUUAAAUCAAUACAUCAAAUUUAGAUUUAGUUGUAUGAUUAUUCAAAGCAUGUUAGAUGGUUUAUUCUUAUAUGUUUUGUACAUUAAUAGCUGGAGAGGUGGGACACAGCGAGCGCCAGGAGAUUCUGUGUGUGCUUGUCUGUGAAAGAGAUCCAACGAAUGCCUGUAUUGAAAGCACGUGUACUGCGUUAGGAAAAAAAAAUUAACGUUUAUGAAGUUUCAGAGACAUUACUACAUUAGACUACUCUAUAAAAUGUUGAAUAUAAUGUAUAAUAAUGCAAUGGGGGAAUAUUUGUGGGUCCUGAUAAUAAAAUAAAAUAGUAAUAAUAAUACAUUUUAAUAAUAAUAAAGUUGUAAUCAUAACAAAAAAAAAAACUCUCUUCUUUAUUUCGGCUUAAAUUAUCGCUAUGGUAUCGUGAGUUUAGUAUCAAAUCGUGACAUGAGCGUAUCGUUACACCCCUUCCUAACGCCCCAAACCCAUAUUUUUUGCGGUCUCUUACUCUGAGCUCUGGACCAUGAUGUAGUUGUUGUGUAUAUUUGUUCAAAAUAUCUCAAGGGAAGCAUACACAAAGAAAAGUAGCAAUCCAUCUUACUCCUCUCGGAGCAUUUUCCUUGACCUCCGCCUUCUGCAAAUAGACAUCUAGCACUCUGUGCGUUGUCAUCAGUGUUUGCAUUCCUACAAACAGGGUAAGUUAGCCAUGACCGAUAACAUACAGUGUUGUUUUACUGAAGCUGAAUGCCAAACUUGUGGAGCUGAUGUACAGUCCUGUUCUGUUGAAACCAUUUCACAGGUCCUCACAUUACAUUCUUAUCCCUUGAGCAAUACAUAAUUAACUACAAACAGCAUUCAAUACAUACAUUUUAUAUUUAAAAGUUAUUUUAUUAUAUAUAAUAUAUGUUUUGUGAUCUGGUUCAGAACAGUUAGGAAUAACAGUUAGUUAUUCAAACUAAGAAUAUAAGCACUGUGCUGUAUUACCACUAGGGCACAUGCAAUGUUUCAACUACCUAUAAUCGGUGACAGCCCUUCCCAUCUCAACUGAAUGUACAUGUUGCCAUGACAACACGGUGUGCUGCAACCAAGACACUUUUAAGAUCGUAGCUUUCUAGUCUGAGCCAGUUAGGGUAGCUUUGACCGUUGAUGUUUUGAGUGCCAGGAUGACAGGGCUAGCCAUACUCCAGCACUGAACUCGCUUACUCAGCUGUCAGUGAUGAAAGACACGUCAUCGUUCAGAGAGCGAUAAGCGAAGGAGAGCACUGUUUACAGUUUAACACUGUGUUUUUACACAUUUUUUACAAGCUAUUCCGCUCUUAGCUUCGGACACAAUAUCCAUACGUGCUUAGCAAGUUUGCUUAAGCUGUAGAAUUAGCAGCAAGGGUAAACAUGUCAAAUGGGAGCUGCAGUUUUGUGCUUUUACUAGACAUAUCUGUUAAUAUAAAAUAAAAAAAGCCAGAUCAAGUAUUCUGUUAACUGUGAGGAAAAGACUGAUUAGCAAACCAGUCAGGUAGACCUUUUGUUUCAUUUCGCUUUUACCAUUAGCCAAAAGCUAGCAUUUUUGAAGUGAUCGCUAUAAUUGACUGUGAAUAAUGCUAAGGGCAAUGCGUGUUGGCAGCAGGUCUGAGUCAACUAUGUUUUGUUUUAUUUAUUUUGUUUAUGCAGUAUUUAAGUUGUCAUUGUCUUUUGUUUAAGAUUAGUGGUCAAUUUUGUAAUUAUAUUGCCUUGGCAAAGCCAGCGUACUGUAUUGAACACAUUUUAUUUGAUGUUUUUCGAAAUCCCCUCACCUUUGUGAACAAAUUGGAUUAUGUUCAAGCUACAUUAACCCCAUUUGAUAAGUGUGUGUCACUCAAACGGCUCACACUGAUGUUUCAGAGAUGAAUAUAUGCAGGUUAUAACAUGUUUUAGGUUUCUUCUGAUCAUGUAAGCACAUUACAUGUUAUCACUUUGAGAAAACCCAUACAGGUGACUACUAUAUACCAAGCAUAAUGCUGAAAAUAAUCCUGUAUGAAUAAUUUGUUACAUAUGGUCUAAAAAAAUGAGUCUGGAAAAAUGUUAUUUAGGAUUUUUAAACUUUCAGACAUGGCUUUGUCAAGCCUUUUUUAAAUUUGAUUUGAAACAUUGUAUGUAUUAUGUUGUUAUUUAUAUAUGUAUGUAAUUGCAUAUUUGACACAGAACCACGCACAGUCCAACAAGCUAAUUGUUUUUUGUGUGUGCUUGUAACUGCAUCUGAGCCAUAUUUAGCUUAUUCGUUGUAUGCUGAGCUUUUUACAAGUAGUACUAAUUAAUUGGGGUAUAUUUUGUUGUCAACGGGGUGAAGCGUAAUGUUAAGAGACAAUGAAACAAUGGGUGAUGAUUGUUUUCAUUUUUUUAAAGACAGAUGACUUUUGUUUGGAGAAACCAGGAGGGCAGUAAAAAAAAAUCUUGUCAAAUCUGACCAGAACCAUAACACUCUGCCUCACUGUCAUGAAUUUCAGAGUAGUAUUAACGUUUAGAAUAUUUGGCAGCUUAUGUAUGUAUAUCCUUUUGACUCCGACUUUGUUGUGUAAUAAUGUGUCUGGAUUACUUUAUAUAUAGAUGUACCUCAUAUAUGUGUUUGUGACGUUUAGAUAGCAAUAGAGAAAUAGCUGUUCAGCUAAGCUGUAUAGCUGAAGACAACUUCUGUUGGCAGACUUUAUAAUUAAGAUGUGUUUCAUGUAUUAGCUGCGAAAAAAUACUUUUUUAAUUCUCUUUCCGUUCCAUUGCGCACAUUAAAUUCAUCUUUGAUCAAAUACUUGGGCUGAAUCAGCAAGGACCUUAAGAUGAUGCCUUUCCCCCUCCAUUUUAUUUUCAAAUGAUAAAAUAUCAGGCAUAUAUUGCACAUGCUUGAUUAGGAACCACCGCCACCCAGAAUCUUAAAAAGGCCUUUCUCUAGACAUGCGUCUUGUUGUGUUGAUGGUGUCUAUGAAAGUAAAUGUUUUGUUUGUUCGUUUGUUAAUUACCUAUCGAACAGCAGCAAAUAAAUAUAUACCUAUAGAUAUAAAUUAUAUAUUUCAACAAAUAUAAAACAUGCAUAUAUAUAUAUAUGUUUAUCUACUAAAUUUAUUCUCUUUAAAUUGAUCUUCUUUUGUCUCUUUGUCCUCUUUCAUCUCAUAACUGCUGACAUCAGAGACCAGUUUUCAACUGUGUUUUUAUGAAUAACAUGGCCGACCACAAUGAAUUUACGUUGCGAAUAACCAAUGGCGUGUAUGUGUCACUGUGGUGAAAGUUUUGGGACGUUUGAGAACAGCUGUAGGCUCCACACUAUGGGCGUCCAUUUUGGUGUGGUAAUAGAUUUGACCUGGCUACGUCAAAACCAUUGCAGUCUCCACGUGUCACACGGUUCUGGCUUUGAAAGCGGUAUGCGUGUGCGCUCUGUCUUUGCCAAGCUGUAGUGUAUAUGCUGAAAACUCAUUCGAACACAUGCGAUGCUGCUCUGUAAUACUUUAUGAUAAUGUAGCUGAGCAGAGCCAGUUAUGUUUUAUGCCACUCUGUGCCAGGACGGUAGUGCCCCCCGGUACCACUGUGUUAGGUUCUUGUGCCAUACUCCUCUCAGUUGGGGAGCCUCACAGGGGGGCCACUCGCUGGGCCGCUCGACCAUGGAAGACUAUACUAUGCUGUGCUACGAGCAGAACAGAAUAAAAGACUUUUAAUACGA